AUGCAAAGGCAAAAUUGGUCAUUGUCAACAAUGGAGUAUCUACAUCGAGCCAAGUUCGUGAUGGACGACUGGCGUGCGCGAAGAGAGGUAUCCGGUCAGUUGGUCCCCCAACCUGGGUCUGAUGAGUAUUUCGCCGAGUAUCUCGAAGUAGUGCGGAGAACGAUGGACCACCAUGGUUUCAAUGUCGACGCGCCACUAGUAGUCUCGAACCCUCUGCCGGUAGACCCAGCCUUGGAAUCCUCUGUUGAUACCGCUUCCAAACCAGUCAACACCGCUCACGAACAGGUCGGCACCGCCCCCGAACCAGUCGAAAGCGCUCCCGAGCCAGUCAACCCCCCCGCGGCCUCAGCUUCCACCACCCAGGCUCCAGCUAUCCAAGCUGCUGGCGAUACCGAUGGUGAUGAGGAGUCUUUCCAGCCUGGAAGCCAACGGACCAAAUGCCCCCGGGCCAACUGCACCACACUCAUAGGUUCGGAAAAGUCAUUGCAAACCCACAUCACAAAUCAGCACACACCAAAGCCAGGAAGUUCGUGUUGGAUCUGCCCAAAGACCUUCCGCAACGAUUCCACCCUCAGGCAGCACUACGAAAAUCACCACAAGCUUGACGGCGACGAGGUCAGAACAGCCAUGGAAGCUUCGAAGGAUUUGGCAUCGAUAGACCCGCAGUGGCUGCAGCCCAGGUUUGAGGUGCAAGACCUCGUGCCGUCUUUACGGCAGGAAACCCUCAGGCUGAACAGACUGAAACUGGAGACGACGAGCAGGUAUCGGCAGAUGGAUGAGCAGUCAAUGAAUAGUUGUCUGGAGAGUUUCCGGCAUGGGAAAAUGUUUGAGGGGGAGACUGGUCUGCCUUCUCUGGAAGGGAUGGGCCAGAGGGGGCUCAUUAACGAGCUGAUCAAGAUUCGUGUAGAGACCCGUGCUUGGAAGAGGGACCUGGAAGAGCUAAAGAGGGUUGAAGCAUUAUACUCAGUAUCUUGGUAGCUUCCAGUGAGAAAGGUCUUUGCCAAGUGGAGGGGACAAAGCACGUGGUGGAAUGGUCAAUAUCCCCCAAGAUAGGGUAUGUCGGCAGCUAGCUUUGUUAAGUAAAGAAACCUGAGUUGGCC